UAAAGCCACUCCCUCCUGCCGUCCACUGACUCUCUCCCGCUGCCAGCAGCAGGAGCUCAUUAUUCGUCUCUUCGUGCGGUUCUUGUCCGCUUGCUAAAAAUGGACCAGGACUGGCGAACUUUAGCCACACAGCGAGCCGAAUACGUGUCCGACCGUAUCCGCGGGCUGCUGUCCUCCGGCCUGGAUUUCCUCCGAGCCGAGCUGGGGAUUGAUCUGGGGAUAAAGCCGGAGCAGUAUCCGUCGUGGCUGAUUCUGAGCACGGCUCUUAUCGGGCUGAUUGUGCUGGUGGUGCUCCCGGCCUGUGGACGGAGGAAGCGCCGAGCGGUCCCUGUUACUGUGAGUCCCAGCACCGUCGCCGAGAUCCCGGUCAAGACCGCCCUGCCACCGAAGACUGUGAAGACCGAGCCAAGCGAACCGAAGAAGAAGAACAAAAAGAAAGCAUCCGACAAGCAGAAGGCCCAGGCGAAUGGACAGACAGUGGCUGAACCUCAGCAGGAAAUCAAAGUCACCGAGGAGAAGAAGAAACCCCCUCCUUCACCAGCACCAGCACAGCCACCUGCAGAUACAAAGACCAAGAAAAACAAGAAGAAACCAAAACCAGAGGUGAAGCCAACCAAAGCUGUUUCCUCCACCGAUGGCAAGGAACCUGAUGAAGCAGGUGCUUGGGAAACCAAGGUCAGUAAUCGAGAGAAACGUCAGCAGCGCAAAAAGGAGAAGGGCCCUGGCGACAGCUCUGGGAGCCCUGAAGCUGGAGAUCAUGCCAGCCAGAAGGUGGAGCAGCCUGUGGUUACAGUCACAGCUGGCACCAAGAAGAACAAGGAGUCAUCACGUGCCAAGGCCGGGAAGGGUGAUGUCAUCACAGCCCCAGUGACGUCUAACUGUAAUGAUGUGAACUCUGUGAACGGUGGAGGGUUAAUGGAGGAGCCUGUGAAGUCAACACAAACAAGCGCUUUAAACAACGAGAAGUGGUCUACUGGGAAAAAGACCCUUGGGCAAAAGAACCGUGAUAACUCCACCUGGAAACUAGAGUCAGAAGGGGCAUGGACUAGUUUGGAUGGAAGAAUUAAGGCAGAACCAAACCCAGUGAACUUAACAAUGCUUAGACUGAACCCAUCAGGUGGAGAGACUCGGACUAAAUCGAACAUUGAAAUAGGGAAAUGGGACAAUACACCCGCCCCUGACAAUGAAUGGUCCAGCUCCAAUGGUCUUUCCGCUGUGGACCCGAGCUCAGACUGGAACGCUCCAGCUGAGUUAUGGGGGAACUAUGAGCCCAAAGUUGAUGCUCCUGCUUUGAAAGAGAUUCCAGUUUCCAACCCACUUGUGGAAUCAAAUGAUGACAAGGACCAGGCAGAUCCUGCAGGAGGUGGAAAAUCUAAGAGACGAAAGAAAAAGAAGAGACCAGAGGAAGAAGGUUCAACCGCUGAGGUGACUCCAGAAGGUUCUGCUCCUGCAGAGAAGAGUGUGACUGUCAAGCUUCAUCCUCAUGUUCCAAAGGAUGAGGGAUCCAAGCAAAAUAUCCCUCCACAGUCUUCUUCAAAGAAAUCUGAUCAGAAUUGGGAACCACCGAAGCAAGUUCAGAAGAAAAAAGCCAGGAGAGAAACAUGAACUGUGAAUAAAAUCCAGGAUAGCUUAUGCAAAUAGAUUGUUUAUGCAAUAAUUCCACAGUACAGAAUUUUAUACUGAAAAGUUGACUGUGCUUUUAAAAUAAAAUCCAAAAUAGAAACAAAACUGAGUUGGAAGAACUCAGCAAAAAAAAAAAAAAAAAGAAUGAAAACUAUAGAGUAAAGGUGAGCAGUCUGUGGGCUGGAACACUACUUAUGUGCACUAUUACGCCACACUGAGGUUUGUUAAUAUCAGACAUGCUUUCAGUGGAGCAAAACAUUCAUGAUCAUUAUUUUCCAACAGAUGCUUAAUUGAUUUUGAACUUGGAGGGUUGAAAUCAUUUGGGAAAUCGACUUUCUUUCCAUCUAUUACUGUUCCUGUGGCACUUUAGUUCUGCUGAAUUGCACUUUGCUGUCCAGCAGUUUCUGAAGUGUUGCAGUUCCUGUUAGAAGCCACAGAGAGGCGCUGUGAGCCCGCGUCUCCUCCAGCAGUUCUUCUGUGAGGUGAAUUACUGUAAUCCUCUAGAUCGCGGUGGUGGAAAACCAGAGAACAGUUAUAUUACAGAGAAGUUUUUUUAAUGAUAAACCUAUUUUCUUAGAGCCUUUCUUCCGUCCUGAGUACCGGUAUAUGUUUUUUACCCAUGUAACUGGGUAUGUGGAUCUUGGAGAUGUUUAGAGUUACAACUCUUCCCUUUUUAAUCAACUACUAGUUGACUAAUGCUUUAUUUCCUGCAAACUAAAGUAGAAAAAGCCACGCCAUAUGUAUAGAACUAUAAGGGCUUUUUUUAUAUGGUAAAACUCUUUGUAAUUGCACUGUGCUGAAGGUUGUAAAAUACCAUGUGUAUUUACUUAUUUGUUUCUUGCACAAUGUGAACAUUACAUUUUUGUUCAUGUUUGUUUUGACUGAGUUAGUUAGUAGGUUUAUGUGAUUUUGAUUGGGAAAGUUGAUGAUUAUUAGCGCAGCUUUAAUUCCAUGACACUAAAACAGUAUCAGUAUCAGGAAUCUGUUGCCUUAAUCUAUAGCCUACUUAAUAGUGUAUGCUUUCUGUUCUCUUCCUCAUUUUCUAGUCUUUUUAGCAGGUUUGGCGUUACUUUUCCUUUCAGAUUUGAUUGAUGUCAGUGUUGCACUUGCAUGAACUUAACCAUUUAUAUAGUGAUGAACAACGUCCUGAUUUUCUGUUCACUUGUGCAAGUACCACUCACUGUAAAUAGGCUUUAAUGAAUGAUGAUGAUGAAUGGAUGUGGGAGGGGGGGAUAAAAUGCUUAUUCAUAUUUGGGUUGACUUAGUGGUGUUUUGCCCAUGGUUUUUUGUAAAUUUCAGUAGAUCAUGUGUUUCUGAGGGACUCGGGUCUAGCAUCGGAUGCCUGCCUUAGUUUAUCAUUCUAGAGGUUACUCAAAUGACGUAUUUCUACAAAUUUAUGGAUUUAAGAAUGAUCAUGUUUACUUAAGUCAAUGCAAUAUUUCUAUGUUGAUUUGUUAAAUAAAAGAAGAUUGCUAUUUGA